CUAGGGUAAACGCUCCCUUAGUGGAGGUAGUACCAAUAGUGGCUGUAGUUGAAUAAACUAAGGUCUGUACAAGAAAUAAAUAGUAAUUUUAAAGCCAAUCAAUAUACAAAACGAUCUUACAACACCAACGAACCGUUCAAGCUGGGAUAAAUUUGUCGUAUUAACAAAACAACUAAUUAAACAUCGUUUAUUAAAUUGGUUGAAAAAUCGCUCUCAUUUCCUUAUGUUUUGCCUAGCAAAUGAGCUUUUUCAUUAACGCUUUAAUUCAUUUGUAAUGAUAUUUAUAAAAUCAAAUUGACACUUAGCACCUAAAAUAUUAGUUGUUUUUGUGUUUCAUAUGCUUUUUACAAUGAUUUUUACAAAUUUUCCCGUAUUUUCCCGUUGUUCCAUUAUGGGCACAGAAAAUCAACCGUGUUCCCUUAGUGGUUGCAUACCAGUGUUUACCAGUGACAUCUCUACUGAAAAAAGUAAACAAAGUUUUUUUCUCUUGAUUUUAUGUAAAAUAACGGAAUGGAUUCUACCACGAAAACGACACCCAACUACGAUGAAGCGGCGAUUUCCCGCUGCAUGGAAUUGGUGACCACCAAGCAAAUGACUUUAUAUGCAGCCUGCAAAACUUACGGCAUUCCUCAAUCCACCGUUCGUUACCGGCUGAGCAGCAAAUGGACCACCAAAGUCAGGAAAGGACCACAAACUGUGCUCACUGAAGUAGAGGAGCAAAAACUUGUGCAAUACCUAGUUGCUAUGGAGAAGAAAGGCUUUCCCGUGGUCAAAGAUUUGCUGCUCUACAAAGUGAAAACAUUCUUCGACUCAAGUUCUCGGUCUAAUCCGUUCACGGACAAUGUUCCAGGACGAAAGUGGAUGAAGGGAUUUCUUCGUCGACACCGUGAAAUCACGUUCCGUACACCAGAAACCGUUUCUUCCGCCAGCGCCAAGGUGAAGGAAGCUGAUAUUAGAGGGUGGUUUGCUAACCUCAAAUCCUACUUGGAAGAGAAUUGCCUGAUGGCAGCAGCACUGGAUCCGACCCGAAUCUACAACGGUGACGAAACGUCCUUCUUCCUACACCCGCAAACAAAAACCGUGCUUGCAAGCCGCGGUAGUAAAAAUGUGUACGAGAUCGAGCACGCUGACGGUCACAAGAACAUAACCGUAAUGUUUACGUUCGGAGCAGAUGGAUCUGUUGUGUCUCCAGGAGUUGUUCUUCCAAUGCAACGCUUAUCGGUGGAAAUUUUGCGCUCUUUUCCGGGUGAUUGGGGCGUCGGGAAGAGCCCAAAAGGAUGGAUGGAUACUACCAACUUCAUGUUGUACAUCCGAAAUGUAUUCUAUCCUCAUCUCCAGAAGAAAAAGGUUCGUUUCCCGGUACUCUAUUUCGUCGACGGUCAUUCCUCCCACACUGCCGCAGAGGUGGCUGAUUUAUGUUUGGAUUUGGGUAUCGUGUUAAUCGCAUUGUACCCAAAUACUACCCGAAUCACACAACCAGCAGAUGUCGCCAUAUUCAAACCACUCAAGUCAGCUUGGAAAAGCGCUGUUGCGGACUGGCGGAUGGAGUACGGAGGUCAGAAUCUUUUAUUGAAGGAUUUUCCUGGAGUUCUGCAGAAAGCGAUGGAUGGUGGAAUCAAAAAACACAGUAUCACGAAUGGAUUCAGAGUUUGUGGCCUCUAUCCUUUCGGAGCCGACUACGUGGACUAUGGGAAGUGCAUCGCCAAAUCAGUGACACAACGUGGUGUCGAUCCUACCUCGGAUUGCAGUGCAUCAGAUAACGGCGAAGAAUUUGGGAACGAGCAAGCUGCAUCUGAAACGGUUGACAUAUUGCCGGAAUUGAAUCUACAGUUUGAUGCGCAGAGCAUUGUUCUGGAAGACUCUGUGAUUAUUCCUACGGCAACGGUUCAUGCUGCAAUUGAUUGCAUUGGCAGAGAUCGCAUAAAUGGAUUUGGAGAUGAUUCUAACUCUUCGGAAGAGGGAGAAAUCAUCCGGACGAUUUAUGAAAUGCUGCUGAAGCCGUUCGAUUCACAGAACACAGAAGCCGAAUGUGGAUUGCAGGAGACAUCAUUUCUGAAUACUUCCACAGCUGAAGAAGAUUCUGCAUUUGUCGAGAACGUGGAAGAGGGCUCCUUUGAAAGCGACCCACCUCACAAUCCACGAGUGCUGCAGGAUUGCAAUGGCGAUAACUUUGCUGGUCGUAAAAUGAGCAUCUCGGAAUUGCUACAGACCCCGCCAACUCCACAAAGGAGCAGCAGUCAUAGAAAUUAUAAAAGAAAAUUUCAUCCGGUUCUGACAGCAUCAGAACGACUGGAAGAAAUACGUCGUCUUGAAGAAGAGAAGGAGAACGAAGUAGUGAGAAAGAAGGCUAAAGCAGAAGAAAGAGAACUAGCGAAAAUUGAGGCUGAAAAGGUAAAGCAAGAGAAAGCAAAAGCUCGGAAGCAAAAACAAGCGGAAACCGAAAUGAGAAAAAUCGAGAGAGCAGAACUUCGAAAGCGAAAGCAGGAAGAAACUGAGCAGCGAAAGAAAAAGAAGGAGAAAGAUAAGCUGAGUAAAGUAGCGAAAGAUAAUCAACAGAAGCAACUGAAGAUGGAGCUACUGGAGGCUUUGAAACUGCAGCAGCAAAGUUAAGCUGGUAUUCAUGGGUUUUAUUUUUUUUUGUUCCUGAAUUAGAUUUUUCGUUCAUUUGUCAUCACCGAAAUAUGAAAUCAGAUUGAUUUGUUUCCUCAUAACAUUGAACAAUAUUUCAAAUAGAAAUAAAGUUAUCGAUUAGAACUAUGA